GGAUUCCUAUUCCCUCUUAUAAGGACUUAAACUCACUAGUUGGCAUCCAAAGCCUUUUUUAUAUGCCCUUUCUCUGUUAUUUUUAUUCUUCUGCUCAGCUUGAGUUGUGCAAACUGCAAAGUAAGGAGCUAGCUGAUCAAACUGAGAAGACUUCAUUGAGGAUGAGAGACUAUGCUGCUCUGCUGAUAGCUUCAGCGCUGUUUGCAUUUUUGUCACCAGGAUUGGUGUUUCAAAUGCCGGGGAAGGAGCGUCCCUUCGCAUUCAUGAACAUGAAGACCAACAUUGCCUCCAUGUUCUUGCACACUGUAAUCUACGGUUUGCUUAUGAUUCUGUUCCUUGUUGUGCUUGACAUUCACAUCUAUGCUUAGGAAAUACAUCAAGAUAAGAAACCAGCUUGUAACUUUGUAAGUGCUUUAAGGAUUAAACUGAUUUAGUUUCUCUGUGUUAUCAUAUGUACUAGUUAUGCAGUGGUGCUACAUCAUCUAUGUAUUCUACACCUUCAUAAAUUCUGCUUUGAAAAGAAUGAAGAAGUCUGUUAUGUACCUAUCUGCAUAUAACGGUGUAAACAGUUUUGGUUUGUCUGGUAACUUAAAUUGUCAAUAUAGGCAAAAGGGUAUGCAAAAAAAAUCAAGUCCUUAGUUUGGAUACAAGAGCAUGGGCAAAAGGGAGGGUCUCAUCACUCUCAUGAAGGUUGGUGUUUUUUCUACUACUGUAUUAGAGUUAAAAAGAUUCUGGUACA